AUGGCUUACAAAAGUGUAGCAAUGGUGGUGGUGACUUUGAUCUCUGCCACGCUGAUGACAGCCUCUGCAGGAGGAGGAGCAGGUGCAGGAGCAGGAGAAGGAGGUGGCCAAAAGGCUAGAUUUGUAACAUGUAUCCGUGACUGUAUGCCUCUAUGCAUGCAAAUAAAAGACGUAACAAAAGCAGCCUGUGACAAAGCUUGUGAGCUUGGAUGCAAGCAGUUGCAAGGUAAAGGGCCUCCUUCGCGCGGAGUUCGUUUGUAUACGGAAGGAAAACCCGUGAAUAUUUCUGAUACAUCAAACUAA